CGCAUGCGUGUACCCACGAGUCGUUUUGGUUGGCAACCGCGGCAUCCUUACAACCACACCCCUUUGGCAAGCACAUGCAAGUCUGCUGUAUAAACCUCCAGCUAAUGUUCUAUUCCUCAAAGAAUGUGGCACCAGCAGCGUGCCUUCUUGGGUUAUAAAUAAUGUGGGUCCCUGGAAGGCUAGGGUAUAAUACCCACGGGCCGAGCUGAGAGUUGCUUCCGCCGUGUGAUGGCAACUAAGUCUAUUUCCCAAUGUACAUGGAAGUCGUGUAUGUAGGCCUUACAGGCACUGGCAGAAGGUGCAGUCCAAGCAGUAAGGACGGUUAGUUAUAAGUACUUACUUCCGCGCACCACUGUAACAGCCAGAAGUAAUCUCUAUUAAGUGAAGAAGUAUAUCUGGAAAGAAAAGGAGGAUUGGAACAUGAUACUGACUUGACUGGAUUUGUGUACACUGUGUCUUCAAGAAGGUUAACUCCAAGCAAUAUAUUCCGCUACGAGAGGCUCGAUACGAGAACUUGGAAGAUGUCGGGAGUGCGAGUGGUUGCUUCACGCCAAAAGUUGCCUUUCCCAACGAGGAGUGGGGUUUUGGCAACGCUGCUGGUUUGUCUUGGUUUGGCGGGACUCGCAUCGACCAGACAUCCACAGCAAAUCCACCCGGAGGUACCUGGCGUCUGCAGAGCCAUCAUCAGCAAAGUGCAGUCUUAUACCGAGUCUAAUCUUCGGAGUUCCCUGGUCGGCGUGAGGGGAGGCAUCUGCACCUGGCUGGAACUUAACGGAUGUCAGCAAUACAAAGUUGUGUUCACCCCAGUCUACAAGAUAGCUUUCCGCACAGUGUACAUCAGCGGUUUUGUGUGCUGCUCGGGGUACAGCCGGGUAGGCAACGUUUGCGUGCCAAACCAACCUGCAACAGUGGUUCCGCGAGUGACAACUCCCCACAGACCACCAGGCAAUGGGCAACCAGUCACAAGCGCCCCACCUGCGUCAGAUAACGAUCAGGAUGGGUCGUCUGUGCUUGCAUUUACUGGUCUCUAUAUGACCGCUCGCCCGGUGACACCUCCCUCCGACAGGACAGACACCACUUCUACCGUCGCACCCAACCCGGAGCAGACCUCGCACGAUGACGUCGAUCCGCCUGCACCCAGAGACAGGCUUCUGAUCAUUCUCCUUAUUCUAGUCAUUUUGGCGGCUUUGUUCGCAGUCGCCAGUUUUGCUUUCCACCUGGCGAGACUAUGGCAUCGUGGGAGGGUAACCUGCUGUUUCGGCAUGAUACCCUUACCAAGGAUAUGCACUAAGAGAAAUGCAUCCGAGGAUUCCCAGAAGAUCAAUUGCAUCCUCAGAACAAUUAGCUCUGAAUGCAGCACAGAGAGUGUUCGCUCCGAUUUGUCUGAUCUUUCUCAUCGUACCGGCUCGGAUCAGUCCGGUCAGUCGAAUCGGUCCGGGUUGAGCGAGGUGACUUUCGUCAGUGACGACUCGGACUCGGUGAUCGUCAAGCAUGUGGUGUAUGAGAGAUGCUGGAAGGACACCACCAGCCUCCUCUCAUACGCCUCGUCAUCCCAGACAUCCCGGGAAUCCAGGCCAAAGGUAGCAGGACUCACAACCAAGAAAUGCACCCCUCUACUUACCGUACCCGUGACCCCUUUGAACAAGAAACGCCGCCCUUCCCCACCACCCCCUACUCGGCCUGAACCUAUUUAUGAUGUCACCCCUCAUUCACCUCCCCCACCCCUUCCGUUACCUCAUCCCAAGAGCUCCUCACCUGCUGCUCGUCAGCCAUCUCCCGGACCUUACAGCUACACCAGCUUGAACAAGCAGAAGCUCAAUAACCCAUCUCCUGGUAGUGACAAUCCAUCUGCAGUUGGGCUUGAUCUCGCAGUCGGUCCUUGCAAGAUCCCUUCCGAAGACACGACUGAAAAAAUGGCCAGCCACGCAUAUGUCAACGUGAAGAGUGAUACAAGAGCGAAGCUACGGCCUGUCUACGUGACCCUGGAACCCGACACAGACUUGGCAACUGAAUGUUGUGAAGAUGACAAUGACCCUUGGAUGAUAUCACGUUCACUGGAAACAACGUCUAUCACUUCUGUUGGUUAUUGUGCCUUGUCCAAUCAGGUUGUUCUGCACCGAGUAAGCGGAAAUGGGUACGACAAGUUAGAGCGUACCCCGCAGAAUCUGUCCCUGGCUCCGGAGAGCUUCCCAAGGCCAGAAUAUGCCGUUCCUUCGGUGACUACCUCAACCGGCUGCUUGGCACUCAAGACAGACACCGAGGACCAAGUGUCCCGAGCGUCCCCGGCCGUAAGACGGAGCGGAACUAUGCCCAGUAUCACUUUGGAACGCUUAAAGUUAUCCGAGGACAUUUCAGGUGAAGACUUCGAGCAGGAGGAGCGGUAUAUCAGAGCUCCGAGACACAACCAUAAGGAACUGGUUUUUAUCGAUACCACAGCAAGAGUAAAGAUCCCAACUUCUAACCCUAAGCACAAUUCAGUUGGCUGAAAACAAUCCACCAGCCAUCGAGUGUCAAAGGCCUCAGCGGUGUUGAAUGAGCCGAAAAUGUGGAAUUGCUUGAUGUGUUCUAAGAUCGUUUCGCGUGACUCGAAUGUACGAAUCAUACGAUGACGUCACAAAGCAAGCAAACCGUUGGCUGAGCGGAGCACUGUGAUUGAUUGUGCAACGCAGUAAAUAAUGAGCGCAAAACAACAAACUGCCCACAUAUGACGGCAUUGUAAAUUUACCAGAUACUUUCAAGAUGCCAAUGUUCUAUAUGGCGCACUUAAGGAGUAGUCCCCCUGAUUACCCUUAAUAGUGCUGAUGAUGGUAACUGCAUUUUUAUAAGUGCAACUGUACAAAUGUGAAUUAAAUACAUGUAUUUUGUCUCUUUGCAUUUUUCUACUCAAAUAUUAACAUUGUAUUUUGUGAUUUUAAACAGAUUUUUCUAAAAUAGGCCAGCCGAUAUUCCACAUCUGAUCCAUGAAAGUAACUGAAAUACAGAGCCUCGGAGAAUUCUUAUAAAACAUGUUGUGAGUUUUGAUUACUCACUUUCAGGGUCAAUAUAAAAUGGUAACUUUUGUGCAGAAAAGUACCCGUAUGUAUAAAAGUCACCUAAUUUAUUAAGUAAACUCGAAAUUUCAACAUGGCCGAAACGGUUUCUCUGUUUUACCAAAAUCGUCUGUGUACAAUGCAGUGCUGUUUUUCAUUAUACAGGGUGUCCACAUAAAAAGUUUAAGAACUUUAAGAACGCAUUCUUGAAAACAAGGAAGGUACUUAAAUCAGUCUUAUCUGCUUUGUUUUCGCUACUUACCCCAUCAAUUUAAUGUGCUAAGUCCUCCACAUGGCAACCAUUCCUGUCAAGGCACAUCUGACAUCUUUGUAAUAUGUCCCUUACUGCUCGUCUGAUCAUUUCAAGGUCUUGACGGAGAUUAUUGACUUCUUCCACUAUUUUUGCACAUUAACUCCUGAACAUUAGCUGAGGGUGUAGCGAAAAGUUUGUUCUGCAGGUAAUGCCAUAAAAAGAAAUUGCCUUCACCCCACAUGCCUGACUUUUGUUAUCAAUAUGCAACUUCUCACAGUUCUUAAAGCAAAGGCAUUUGGUAUUCUGCACACUUGCAUGGUUGAGCCUGGUUUAUGAAAUGUACAAACUCGUCGCAUUGCCGUUUUCAGUACCCGUAACACCGGUCUAGUUUGUUCACUCAUCUGUAUCAAUAACGCCACAAGCUGUAUAGCACUGCAAAGAGGACAUUCUGCCCUUUCUAGAGAUAUUUUUCUCUUUCCCAUAGGCCUAUUUAAAGCAGUUUUGCUAUUACAGUAAUUUUAUCUGGGAAUACGUUUUAGGUGGACACCCUGUAAAUAAUAGUAUUGUAAACCAAAAUGCAUGGUCCAUUUUUCGUUAUACUGAGCAAUCAUGAAUAACUAAGCAGGAAUACACGUAAAGCAAAUGCUAUAAGAUGGUGUGUAGAAUGCGGAAUUACAAUGAAUCGGUAAUUAAACUUCUAUUUUUGGUAAGCAGA